AUGACUGAGCCCGAGAACUUCGAGGAUGAUCUCUUCGCCGACCUCUACGACGACAACGAUGCCGCAAAGCCAGCGUCUGCUCCCCCUGCAGCAGCCCCCCCUGCCCCAGAAGUUCAGCCUCCUACUAACAUUCACAACAACGACAAUGAUGACCAGAAUGGGAUGCAACAACAUGAAGAAACUGGAGGCGAUGAACACAUGGCUCAAGAUCAAGAUGAAGACGAUGAUGAUGUCGACUUCAAUCUCGGUGGAGGAGGAGGAUACGGCGGAUCUGGUCACACAGGCCAGACUGAUAUGCAUGACGAUGCUCCGACACCUCCAUACGGAACUGUACACAAGGCGAGUGCCAAAGAAGAUGGUAAAAUGUUCAUCGGCGGUCUCAACUGGGAAACCACCGAUCAAUCAUUGCGGGAUUACUUCUCACAGUUUGGUGAAGUCGUUGAGUGCACAGUCAUGAGAGACAGCAGUACCGGCCGGUCGCGAGGUUUUGGUUUUCUGACUUUUAAGGACGCCAAGACAGUCAAUAUCGUCAUGGUCAAGGAGCAUUUCCUUGAUGGCAAGAUCAUCGACCCGAAACGUGCCAUUCCCCGAGACGAACAAGAGAAGACUAGUAAGAUCUUCGUCGGAGGCGUCAGUCAGGAAACCACCGAUCAAGAAUUCAAGGAAUACUUUGCACAGUUCGGCCGCGUUGUAGAUGCGACUCUUAUGAUGGACAAAGAUACCGGUCGUCCACGAGGAUUUGGGUUUGUGACGUUUGAAAAUGAAGCCGGCGUUGAUGCCUGUAUCAACGUGCCACUAGAAAUUCAUGGAAAACCCAUCGAGGUCAAGAAGGCCCAGCCUCGGGGUAACCUUCGAGAAGAGGAAGAGGCAUCACGACGCGGCAAGUUCAGAAAGGAUGGUGACCAGUCAAGCCAGGGCUCCAUGGGCCAACAGAUGGGCAACAACGGCAUGACACCCCAAGUCAUGGCCCAAUACUUUCAACGUAUGCAACAAUACUUUGCUAUGAUGCAGUCACAAAUGGCCAUGAGCCGAGGAAUGCCCAUGAACCCAGCCAUGUGGCAGAACAUGAUGCAGAUGCAACAGAUGCAACAACAGAUGAUGGGUCGAGGAGGUGGUGCCAAUGCUCAGAACAUGAUGCAGAACAUGAACCCACAGAUGAUGCAGCAGAUGCAACAAAUGCAGCAGCAGAUGAUGCAACAGCAGGGCCAGCAAGGUGGUCAAGAUGCUGCUUCCGGUAGUGCUAGUCCCACUGCUUCUGCCAGCGGUGGCGGUGGUCGAGGAUACGACAACAACAACUAUAAUCAGUACCAACAAGCUCAAGGAGGUCGUCGUGGAGGCCGUGGAGGCUACGGCGGGCAUGGGGGACAUGGAGGUUAUGGUAUGGCUGGAGGAGGGGGGGCCCCUACUUCAUGGGAGGGCAUGUACGACGAUGUUCCUCAGCCAAACUCCAACCAAGGCUCAGGUGGCUUUAAUCGUGCUGGCAGCGCCAGUGCGAACUCUGACCCGCAACACGCACCGCCCGCCAAUGCGCCUACGGGACCCAAAAACGCCGGUAAACCUGGAGCUAAUUAUCGUGGUGGAGGACGGGGUGGAAACCGCGGCUUUCACCCUUACUCACGAUAA